UAGCGCCGUGGCACGGAACACACGGACGACACAUCCACAGAGGAGCGGCAAAGCGAAUUGCCGACGUUCGGGCGGCACGAGGGCUGGCUGCUCGGGCGCGACUUCGCUGCAACUUCGCAGCGGCUCGGCAGAACACGGGAACAGUUCCAAUUUGAAUUUUCAUCAGUCUAGUCGGAAAAUCGGAAAAGCCAGAGAGUAGACAUUAAGUUCUCUGUGUGGUUAAGUCGGAAUAUUUUCGUAUAGUUCUCGUCGUGACAUUUGUUCUUUAAUUCAAAAACGCAAACUGAAACCCAGGCGAUAGUACCGAAUUCGCAUAUUUUGAAAAGCAAACCCCAGCAACUAAACCAAUAAAUUCCGAUUCGCUUUAAAUUACAAAACUUAAACCAAAUUCGCUUCAAAAACCCAAAAAAGCGAGCAGAACGCUGACAGGGCGGCAAAGAGAGGUAGAAAGUACACGGGCGUGUUUAAAUACUGGAAAAUAAAGAUAAGAUAAAUUAUUAUAAACACUAAGCAUAUACACGUUUAUAGCAGCAACGUAUACAAAAAGCGCACAGAAUCAAAACACUCGAACCAAUAGCCACCCGAGAGACGAACUCAGUGAAAUUUUCGAAUCAAAACUCAAAAGUGCAAAGUAUCUACCAGGAGGAGAACCAGGAGAAGACCGUCUACAGAGAAAGCAGGAACAGAUAUCCAAGGGAGAGUCGCUUUCGCAGGAAGUUAACCAAACGCUUCCAGAGAAUCGGUGAAAAUCAUUGACCAUUUUUUCUCGCAAAGGCGCCACGUCAAAGAGCAAAGCGUUCCAUAUGGUUCAUAUUAUCGAAUUGGUCGGCCAACCGAAGGUUGAGUUUGCUCAACAAGUUACUAUGAACCGUGCUUUACAGCUGAAGCCAGCGGAAAAUGAAAGUCGCAGCGAGCAUCUAGAUCGCAAGCUGUUCGUUGGCAUGUUGAGCAAACAACAAACCGAAGACGAUGUUAGACAAAUCUUCCAUCCGUUCGGCACAAUAGAGGAGUGCACCAUUCUGCGCGGCCCGGACGGAGCUAGCAAAGGCUGUGCUUUCGUCAAAUUUGGUUCGCAGCAGGAGGCCCAGUCGGCCAUAACCAAUCUACACGGAAGCCAAACUAUGCCGGGAGCAUCCUCCAGCCUGGUCGUCAAAUACGCCGACACGGAGAAGGAGCGACAAAUAAGGCGCAUGCAGCAAAUGGCCGGUCACAUGAACCUGCUGAAUCCGUUUGUCUUUAAUCAGUUCAGUCCGUACGGGGCCUACGCUCAGCAACAACAACAGGCCGCUCUGAUGGCCGCCGCUGCCACAGCGCCCGGAUCGGCAGCCGCCUACAUGAACCCCAUGGCGGCGUUGGCAACUCAAAUACCUCAUGGCCUCAACGGCACCGGGCAGCCACCCUCCCUGCCCUCGCCCACCAUGCCCAACUUCAACAUGGGCGCCAACACGCCCAACGGUCAGCCCGGUGGCGCUGCCGCUGCUGCUGCCGCGGCCGCCGCGGCGGACGGCGUUUUCACGAACGGCAUUCCACAAACGGCAUUCCCAGGACACCCACUCCAUCUGACUAUACCGCCACAAGGUUUACCAAAUGGCGAUGCUGCUGCCCUGCAACAUGCCUUCCCUGGCUUGCCACCGUUUCCAGGAGUUGCCUUUCCCGCCGUCUAUGGACAGUUUCCACAAGCUUUACCACCUCCCCUAGCGGCGGUUGCACCCACUCAGCGUGAAGAUUUUCUGAUGUUCCCAGGAUGUUCGAUAUCCGGACCCGAGGGCUGCAACCUCUUCAUCUACCAUUUGCCCCAAGAGUUUGGCGACGCCGAGUUAAUGCAAAUGUUCCUGCCUUUUGGCAAUGUGAUCAGCUCCAAGGUCUUCAUUGAUCGUGCUACAAACCAGAGCAAAUGUUUCGGUUUUGUUUCAUUUGAUAAUCCCGCCAGCGCUCAAGCGGCCAUUCAAGCCAUGAAUGGCUUCCAGAUUGGCAUGAAAAGACUGAAAGUUCAAUUGAAGCGGCCAAAGGAUGCCAGCCGACCCUAUUAACAAUCGGAGUUCCUCAAACGCAAUUCACAACAACUACAACAUCCAACUGGGGCACCAACAUCAGCAUCCGGCUACUCAGAAUCAACAGCUUUGCCAAACCCUCCAACCUUUUCCGUUGCAACUUCAAUAUCAGCCGGCACCGCAACUUCAACUACAGCGCCCGCAGCUCACGCAGCUCGAUCAAUGCCUGCAACGGGAGCAACGCCGCGCUUUAACAACCCAAGCGGCUUCAUGCCACCGAUAACCACUUGCAGCACAACGAGCCAAGCGAUUCCCUACACAUUUGCCAGCUGGCGUAAUGGCACCUACUGCUAUCGCUACAGCAGUAAUUCCAACACAAACACCAGCAGCACAGGCAACGGCAACAGCAACAGCAGCAGCAACAUCAGCAGUCACAACAAUGAGGGCUGCGGCGACAACCUCAACAACAUGAGCAACAUGAACAACAUAAACAACAUAAACAACCAGAAUAACCAGAACAACCGCAACAACCUGAGCGAUCCAGAAUCGCAAGCCAAUGAUCCACCCAACAACACCAACUGCUCCAAAGUGGAGCUAGUCGAGAAACUGUUCAUGUGGCAGCAGCAGAAGCGAAAGACCUAGAGGCCGCCACAGGACACAUAAAUAUUAAGGAGCAACUACUGAAGGGAUGGCCUUCAGACAUCCGGAGGGAAGCAUAUUAAGGGAAUUAGGCACAUUCAGUGCAAAUGAAAACCAAACAAAAACAAAACAAAACAACAAAACAAGGAGCGAUAUGUAAAUGAAUAAAGAAAACACAUUAGAGCUGAAAAUUGAAUAGAUUUAUAUAUAUAUACAAAAUGGCAGAACAUAUAUUCUACUAUGAAUAUCUGCAUAUAUAUUUAUAUGUGCCCUCAAGUAAAUAUAUAUAUGGAUAUUUAAUUAUAUAUAUUUAUAUAUAUUUAUCCAAUUAUACACUUAAUUGAAUUCAGAACAGGAACGAAUACAAAAAUUAGAUAAAAUCCAAAAAACAAAACAAAAAAAACGAGAAACAAAAUUGUAAAGCUGAGAAGAAAGGGAAACGACUUUUUGCCAAAAUAUCCAUUUAAUUAAAAAAUAAAUAUACAUAGAUACAUAAAUAUAUUCAUAUAUAUUUAUAGAAGCAAGGAGAAAAUUGAUAUUGAUAGUUUUGUUAACAACAUUGCACACCUAUACACACCCACACCCACAGCCACACCUACAGCGACACAAACUUGAGACAAAAACUGACUGGCUAGAGACCAAAAUUAUCUGGGUUUUCAAAUGAAUAAAACAAAAAAAUAAUAAAUAAAAAACCAAUUAAGGAUGAUAAGUUCGGAUACCAUUUUAUAUGAGUAAUGAUAUGAAGUGAUGGGAUUAGAAACCAACAAAGCUGCUAAGGGAUAACUAUUAAAACUGAAUUUGUUAAUCGGAUGAUGGACCCAAAGUGGUUCGUAGUAACUUGAGGUACUAACGAAGAGCAGUCAAGGGAAAGGCCUAAAAAUAGAUAAAAAUAAAAAUAAGUUAGUUGAGAGGCAGGGUAUGUCUGAAAUUUUUAGCAAGUAGUUUUAAGAAAAUUUGAACAGAUUCAUAGAUGCAUAAAGAGAGUAUAUACACUCAUACGUAUAUAUGUAUAUAUAUAAAUGUGCGAAUACAAAAUUAACACAAAAAUUCGAAUUUAAUUAAUUUUAAGUAAAAGAAAACAAAUCGGACAUAAAAGUUAGAACUAUAUGGGCUGAGAGGCCUUUUAUUAUACGCAACGCUUUGAAGGCUACGUUUAUAAAGGGCGGAGGCGCGAAUAGAUAUGUAUAUUUGCUGCACUGGGUUCAGUCUUACGUGACCACGAGAAAAUAUCAUUUUUAUAACAGAAUAUAACAGAGAUAAUUUAAGAAAGCGGAAGAGGAUUGGUUAGAGCUAUUGAAGAAAAUCAAAGUGGCGCCAGCUACAAAAAAUAUUAAACCUAUAAAGGGCAUACACGUGUAAUCAACAGCGAUCUUUUCUAUUGGCCUACAUUCACUGUUGGAGACACGUCCUUUACUUGUUUGUAUUACACCUACGUUCGUUAUUUUAAGUGGUUUAAAAUUGUAUCAACAAAACAAGUUCGCAAAAACGUUAUAGAAUAACAAUUUUUGAAUAAAAUUAAAGAACAACUUUACACUUAAACUUAGCUGCUUGCAACAAAACAAUUACAGGUACUUUCAGAUAUACAUGAUUAUAUAUAUAUACAAACAUGUGUAUGUAUAGUUAUAUUACAAGAGCAAGUCGAAUAAACCAAAAAGCUACAUCAGAAUAACAGAUACUAUAAGAAAAAGGACACGAACAAAUUGGCCACUGAAACUUUUGCUAUGAAUGUAUAUAUACAUGCAAUUGAACACCUAUAUAUACACAAUAGAUAUCUUUAGAUGGCCACUUAUUUUCAUAGCCAGCUCAAAGACACAGCAUUCACAAUUAUUUGCAAACUAAACUAAUGUUAAAUUCCAAAAAUCAUUUAUCAAAACCAGAUCAUUGCCACUCACCUAUCAUUUGUUGAGAUCGUACAUAGGACACUUGCAAGAAUUGUGUAAAAAUAUAUCUCUAUAAAUCAAACCACUAUAGCUCCGCGUGUUAAGUCGAAUAUUUAACUAUUUAGCAGCGAAAACUGUACAAAGAAGGAAUAUAGCGAGGAGAGUCGAAUCUACAGCUAAAUAUGCCAAAAAUUAAAAGUUAUGGGUAGUAGAGGGAAAAUUGAAUAAGAACAGUAAACAAUUAUUUAGAUUUUGUAUAGUGAAAAUGAGACGUUGCAGCUAAUCUGUGCAUCCUAUGGAGAAAAAUUAAAAUCUAAUUAUUAUUAAAUCAUACACAUACCUUAAUACAUUUAUUCACCUUUAUUUAAAUGCAUACAAAUAUGUAAUGUGAAUGAAAAUUGUUAUCAAAUUAAACGUUAAAUUUUGUUACCAGUGCAAUGCUUUCGUUGGAGCGCAGACCUAUUCUAUUGAAUUAUAUUCUAUUGGGUACUCUAAUCUAACCGACAAGAAGUACCCACACCCAAUGUUUAGUCCAGUUUUUUUUUGGUUAGGGUUUCUUUUAUGAUUUAAGUAUUGACAGUGGAUCAAUGAAACAGUAUUAGAUUUCAGAACUCUGGGACCCGGGCCCAGUCCAAAUUAAGGGUAAUGGAGUAGUCCUCCAACUCAAGUUGAUUUUUCCCCACAAUUGAUUUUUACACACAAUUUUAGUCCCUGGCGGGAGUACUUCUGUAAAUAAAGAAAGUAAUACUUAGCGGCGGAUGAAAGUCCCACACAGAUAAGAACGGAAUGAAAAUUGUAGUUAUAGCGACACAUACAAAACAUACAAACAUACAUAUACAUAUACAAGUACAUAUACAUAUAUGCAAAAUUAUGAAACUGAUUUUAGCGCCUAUCCAGUAGGUCAGCAUGGCGCCCAAGUAUUUUGAGAACUUUAAAUUAAAACGCUAAACUAAAAUUUUAUCUUGGAAACUCACGCAAAUACACGCGAACACACUAUAUGUAUUUACGAUCUUGUAUGAAUCGAUCUAGUCAAAUUGAAGUUAAUUAUUUCAUAACGAAGAAACGUUUUAUGAAUAAUAAAAUUUAAACCAAGUCAAACUAUUAAGAUAAUAAUAAUUUACUAUUAUUAUGUACCAUGAUUAUGAUUAACGAAUUAUGAUUUAUUUCUGUAUUGAAAAUACAAACGCAAGUAUUUAAAUGAAUAUAUACAAAAUUAUUAUAUGCUAUUAUACAAAAACCUAGAUUAUAUACACUCUACUAUUAAACGGAAUCAAGAAAUAUAAUUAACUUAGAGCAAAACUGAUUUUGGCAAAAUUUUGCAAAUUAUAUACCAAUGGGAAGGAUACCACAACCCCAAUUAUCAUACCUAUUAUUUCUAAUGCGUAACCCACAAUGAAUUAAACAAUCCAAUGAGAAGCCGAAUUAAUAAAAGCGAAAACCAAAUGAUAAAAUAAAAAGCAACCACUUGUUUUAUUUUGUUUUUAUUUUCUAUGACUGUGGCAUCGGACAAGUGAUUAUUUCAGUUGCCAGAUACAACGACGGACCCUACUCCCACUCCCAAAAUUGGACAGAAAUUCGGCAAUUUCCCUACCCGUUUAAUUUACAUAGCGUUACUAAUGUUCACCCUUAAAUAUCUUUUGAUAAACUAAAAAUACUAAAACAUGAAAGGGCUGUGACAUGAACGUUUAACAAAAAGUGUGAACAAAAUCAAAUUACCUUUUAACUUUUGGUUCCGUGUUAUUUUGUUUGAACUUAUGAUUUCAAAGAGCGGUGAUAACUAGCAACCACUAAAGCCAAAUCAAAAUUAAAUCGAUAACGAAACACAAUAUAAAGUCGCUUAUUUCAAAUUCGAAAUAAUAUGUGAUUGAAGAAGUAAACACUGAAAAAGAGAAAUAUAAAUAACAUAUAAACAAAAGUAAGAGGAAUUCGUGUUCAACAUUAUUGAAUAGAACAAAAACAAUUGUACCUUGAUAAUAAAGUGUAAAAAUUGAAACUUAAAAAAUAAUAUUCCUAGAUGUAACGCCAUAGUUGAACUACCACAUUAUCAAAACGGACAGGUUUCGCCCAAAUCGCUUAAGAGGGUACUGGCGCAUUCUUUGCAAAUUUUGCCAAAAUACAGUUAAGCGCCGACGAUUCGUUUUAACUUAAACAUGGCCAUCGCCAUACUCGCACUCUGUGUUUCGCCUAUGUCUCAAUCAUGCGCACCCACUCCCAAAUGUUACCCAAAAAUGUUACAUGCAACAUCCAGAAUCCAACACACCCAUCAUAUCAAUUAGCAGUUUUUAGAUCACUAGUAUGUCACUCGGCGACGCUCAAGCUGUGGGAGCUACGAAAUCAAAGGGACCCAGGACGCACCCCGUUGGCACUGCAUUUCCUCUUUAUUGGCCGUUUAGUUCUUGUAGAAUUCCGUUCGGUAGGCGCCUAGGCGCCUAGGAAUAACCAAAGUAUGAUAGGACAUUACUAACUGAAAUUGAAGUCUCUUAUCGAUGAACGUUCCUUAAACUUAAUCUGUAAGCCGUAUACACGAGCAUAGACGUAUCACGUAUACAUGAAUAUAUAUAUAUAUAUAUAUGUAUGUAUAAAGACAUAUCUAUAGGUACAUAUAUAUGUAUAGUGUAUAUAGAUACGCGCCUAGAUUUUGUCCUACCCAUAAUGCAUUUUCAAUAUACAAGAAGUGUAUGGAGACAUUCUUAUAGAAUGAUCCCCACUGUAUGCAUAAUAUACUAAAAGCUACUAGCGUAUUUACUUAUUACCAUAUACUUAUAUACUAGUUAAUAGCCAGUUUAGAAAAAGUAGUAAAUGAAGCUUACAAACACAUGAACAUGAUGAACAACCUUUAACACUGGAGUCCAAGUUUAGAACUUACUAAUCAAAAAUAUAUUUAGGUAUACUUUUCUGCAGGUAUUUAAAGUAAACUAACUAAAGCCUAAUCUAAUGAUAAAUAACUAUAGAGACAAGCACUUAACCCCACCAUAACCAUGGACUUUCCGAAAUUGCAACACUAGUUUUCUAAUGACACCUGCAUAACUCCCACAAAGGACACCCACGAAGGACACCACACACACAGCCACACACAGGGCCCAAAGGAGGUAUCGGGGAGGAGAAGGGGGGGUAUAUAUGUAUGUAGGUUAAGUCGGGUAGCCGGGGAAGGGUAGUAGGUACAUGGUAGAUGGGUAGAAGGGUAGAGGGGUUGGCUAGGCCCAAAACAUUUUGCCUUUAAUAUAUAGCAUUUUCAGUUUUAAUAUUAACACAAGAAUGACACAUUGGAUACAGGGUAACAAAUAUAGGUAAAUCUAAAUAGGAAAUGGAGUUUAUCAAAUUGAUUUGAUGAUUUCAAGUGCGUAUUAGGGCAUCUCGAUUAUUGGUUCUAUUUCCCCAAGCUUUUGCACCUGAAUUUAAUUUUCGAUAGGAUAUUUUUUGCGGAGCCUUUUUUGAACCUUGCUUACCGAAUAGAUUCCGCUUGGGUAGGCUUUGGGAUUGACCAUUAAAGUAUCAUCAACCAAGAUAAAAGUAGGGACAAG